AUGGAGGAUAUAAUUAAGUAUAAUUACUAUAAAUCAUUUGGCAGACGUUACCAAUAUAUUGAUAAUGUAAAUGAUAUAAUCGCUAAUACAAUAAAAAAUGAAUUGCAAAUUUAUGAAAAAGGUAAUGAUAAAUUGUUAGACAAGGAAUCAGGAAUCAAGUCAGAAGAUAAUUCAGGUGAAACAUCCGAACACUCAGAGGAUCUAGAUCAUAUUCGUGAAAAUCCGUAUUCCUACAUUCUGGACCAAUUUAAAGAUGUUAUUUCAUCAGAACAAUCUUCUGAUUUUGAAGAUUUAUCAAAUGAAAAUAAGACAACAGUCCGAAUAAAAUUUUCAGAACAGGAUCAAACUAAGAAUGAUGAUCCUUUAGACUCGGGUCAAAACUUUAGAUUGGGGCCUAAAUCUAAAAAAAUACAGGAAAAAGAGCAAAAUCAAACAGAUUUAAAUAGUCUAGAAAAUUUUGGGGCAGACGAAGAUAAAAAAAUUAAUUUCUAUCUACCACACGUAGUUCUCCGUAAAUUGAAUUCAAACAAAGAUCCAUUGAAUUUAAAUAAAGUUUUUUCAAACCUAGAAAGGAAUUUGAGUGAUGUAAGAUAUAAAUAUCAAAAAACAUUAAGUAACUUAGCACUGAAAUCCUCAGCCGUAAGAAGGAAUUAUAGACUAACGUGUUUUAAUCCAGUACAUCCUAAAAAUAUAAGGAAGAUCGAACCAGAUCAGGAACACAAUCAAGAUAAAAUUAAUAAUAAACGUGAUGUGGAUAAAAAUAAUUUUGAUCUAAAUAAAUGGUUAGAUGAAUUACCCAAUGAUCUUAAAAAUUUUAUAGAAGAUGAAUCAAUAUCAAAUUCUUUAAAUUCUAUAAAAGAUUUUAAAGAAAGCAAACAGUUAAAAGAUAAUGAAAUUAAUAAAAUGGACUUAAAUAACAGAGAUGCUAAAGAUCUGCACGAAACUCACUCGGAGGAAGAAACGGAGUCUGUUAUCAACAUUGAAAAAGAAGAUGAAAACCCUGUUUCGGAUAAAGGAUACAUGGAAGUCAUACAAAAGGAUUAUAUCGAUCCUCUAAAAGAUGUAAUAAGUGAAGAUAUCAAAACUGGUCUAGAUGAAAUAAAGCAGGGAAUAACAGAUUUAUAUAAUAAUUCGCCUAAAAUAUUUCAGAACAUAUUUGGUAGCUCAGAACCUGACAAAGAGCUAGAUAAAUCUAGAAAGCCAUCAAAGGAACUUAAUUCAUAUUAUCUUGAAACAAAUCGAGAUGCUGUAGAAAACCUUGAUAGCCCUGAUGGUGAGUACGAUCCAUUUGACAAUGACUACAAGAUCUUUGAUAUGAAGGAGAAAUACCAGUCAUUUGACAUUUCUGACAAAAAACCUCCGCAGGAUUCAACGCCAGUAGUGAAUAGAGAUUUUAAUGAAAAUUACGUGGUUUACAAGGAGAAUCAGGUGAAAAGCCCGGAGAAGGUUGUCAAAAGUGUAGGCGAAUAUAAUAUAGGAUUUCUAUCGAACUUAUGGACAAUUAACGAAAAAUGCAAAUUAAUGAGAAAUGAAAACGCCAGAACUAAUACGAUCAACCCGUGGUUUGGAAGCCCAGCAAAAGAGGCAAUGUACCGUCAACGUUCGUUAGAUAACUCAAACCAAGAAUAUAAGGAGUGCACAACUGUUUUGGAUAAGGAGAGAAACAUGAAAUAUAAAAUCGUAAUGGACGAGAAUAACAAACCGGUUUAUUUAAUAGACAACAUAGAACCAGGUGAUGAAGAAAGGGCCAAAAAGUAUAAAGAUACAGUAUUAACUAUACAAAGGAAUCGAAUUAAGAAUAGGAAUAAUAAUUUGGAUUCAAACUUAGAGGACGGAGUUUAUGACCCCCUGAAACAAUUUCAACAAACAAUCGAACAGACAAAACUCAUCAAUGAAACUGAUUUGGCUAUACUGGGCAGACCUAAAGUAAAAAGAACAAAUAGAAAAUUUUAA